CAGAGCGCCAGCAUGUGCUGAGGACAUGAAAUGACAGCUUUCACCAUCACUUUAUUUUGUGCCAUAAUCUAAGUUAUUACGCACGGCUGGAGGAGGAGGAGAAGGAGCGCGUAGUGGAAAAGGAGAAACAGCCUUUUCUAGUGAGCAGCCGCUUCAGCAUUGCGUGCCCGUCCACAGUCCUGCCUUCCUGAAUCAGACGCCCCUCACUGGCACCUCCUACCUCAUGCUUGUCUAGAUUUCUUCACUUUACUCUCCUUUUUCCUCAAACCAAGUUCCCACCUGUCUCCUUCCUUCUUUUUUCCCACUCUGGUCUGCAUUUCCCCACCCUAACUCUGACUUGCAACUCUCCCACAGGGUAUUCUUAUGUCUCUUCCCCUUUUUUAAAACUCUGUGUCAUCUUUGGGAAAGUAUGCAUCCUUACGGGAUAUAUUUGGGUCACUGGGGCCAGCUCUCUUGUUCAGGGUCCUGUCAGCUCCUUCUGGACCAAUAAAGCCCUCUUUCUUUGGUGACCUACCUGCCUUCUUCCUUUUUCUCCAUAGCCCUACUUUCCUCCUUUAUUCUACGGUGUACAGUCAUUUUUGCCGUGCAUCCAUGUUGCUACAAUCACACUUUAAAUUCCCUGAAAGAACAAAUUGUCUUCUUUCUGUUCUUUAAGCCCAGCUAAUGACCAUAAAUAGGCUGCUAUCUGCAAAUGGGUCCUAAUUGGCACUGGGUGAUAAUGGGGCUGCUUUUGGCCUCUUUUGCCCUUUACUCUCUCUAUGUACUUGUGUUGUCUGAACUUCUACCUUUCAUGGUCUAUUUAUCUGUGUCUCUAGUUUAGACAGUAACCCAACUGGUCAGGAGCGAUAUCUGUGCAUUCCAGUGAGGAACUUUAUAAUGUGGCUGAUCCAGCUACGUAAGGCUCCCCUCUGGGGGAGGUUGUGCAUUAACUCCUUCCGGGCGCUCGGGCUCCACUCCGUCUAGUGUGCAACUAUCUCGGGAAAGAAUGAAUGACAUUUCUAAGCCUGAAGUGACAUUUCCAAACGGAAAGAAAUGAAUGGCAUUUCUAAGCAGAAGCUACGCAGAGGGAUCUUGUAACAAUGGCCCCAUUUCUUCUAUUCACUUGGCAAACACUGAUGGAGUACACCAUGUGCCCAGUUCCGGGACAGAAAACACUCAUAAAUUUCAACUCCAGUUCCCACCACUGCCCAGGGGAACAGGUAAGGGAAAAUAUUUAGAGAUGUUGAAGAUUACUUGGAAGGUUGUGAAUACUUACUUUAGAGUGUAACAAUGAAGUUACAAUUUAGCAAGGUCUGAGUCCAAUAGAAGGCUUCCCUCCCACGCAAACCGGGACUUCCGCCAAACUGGCUAGUUUGUUAUCUCCUGGGCUCCUCGCUCUUCUAAGCCUCUACUCCCUGACCUUUCCUUUCCUUUUACCUGGAAUGUCACCCCCAUCUUCCUCCCACUCCCACCCACCUCUUCUUGACCCAUCGAAACCAUAUAUACUCUGCACGCCUUACCUCUUCCCUCCUCAGAACUCCCACGAUACUUAGGGUCUUACUAGAUGCAUUCUAAUGAUUUGGGAACACAGCUUCCCUACUAAAGCCUGAAAUUCUAGAAUACAACAAUCUCUCUUACAUAUCUUUGUAUCCCUCAAAAUGCAAGUUGUGUCAUAUAACACAUUUUGAUUUAGAGCCUGAGUGCAUGAAGUGGAUAGUUAAUUAAUUAGCAAAACACUGAGAGAUGUGGAUGGCUUAUCUCAAGGUAAUUCAAGUGCAAAGGCCAAAAUAAUUCACCCAAACACUUACCCUGUAUUCCUUCCAGAGAAUCCUCAGGGAGGGAGAGACCCACUUUUUAAAGUGCCAGACACAGCGCUAAGCCUUGCACAUAAUUUCUGGGAGCCAGCAUGGGCUGGGGAGAAGCACUUGGGCUCUGGAGUCAUGCACACCAAAGCCUCCAGCCCAGCUCUUCCACUUACUGGUUGUAUGACCCCAGGGAACUUAAUUUACCAAUUUAAGCUUUAGUUGCCUCAUCUGCAAACUGGAGGCUUCUCACCCUUUCUCUUCUUCUACCUAAUUAGGUUAUAAGAAUGACAUGUGUGUAUGUAAAUUACCUAGUAGAGUGGCACAGAGAAGGAACUAAUGUUAGCCCCUCUUUCUCUCCUCGCCUCCCCCCCUUAUGUGACAGGGUGUUUUUAAUUUGCCAACUCUAUUUGAAGAUAACAAUACAUUCUGAAAAUGAUGGUUUUUAACCGCUGCCCAGAGUCCGUAUGGGAACCAGUUGCCCCCUCUGCCCAUAGGUUUAUCCUUUGGGCUUCAGUUUGCCAUGACCAAGGGCAGGAAGAGCCAUACCAGGGACCUUCAGUGUGCUUCAUCACCACCUCCGGUCUGCCCUCGGUGACUAUGGGGCCUCAGUUCAUCACUCAGAAGGAUGCAGUCUGUAUGUUCCAUACCCUAAAGAACUCCUGAAAGCUGGUGAUCAGACUCGGGCUGGCUUUACUUUUUUUUUUUUUCUCCUUUAUAAAAUUACUGUGAUCACUGAACUGAAUAACCAAACUUCUUCCAUGGCUAAAUGAUCACAUGACUUGGUCUGGGUGCUCUGGAACACGAGAAGGCAGUGCACAGUGGUGUGACUGAGUUCUGCUAUGGAACUUGCAGCAGCAGUCUGUAUCCCCUGCUCCUAACGAGCUGUGAUGUUCUCAGCUGUGUCCUCAGCUUGUGGGAAACCGUGAAGAUGGCCAAAGAGGACUCCACCGUUCGUUGCUUCCAGGGCCUGCUGAUUUUUGGAAAUGUGAUUAUUGGUAUGUGCGGCAUCGCCCUGACUGCAGAGUGCAUCUUCUUUGUAUCCGACCAACACAGCCUCUACCCGCUGCUUGAAGCCACUGACAAUGAUGACAUCUAUGGGGCAGCCUGGAUUGGCAUGUUUGUCGGCAUCUGCCUCUUCUGCCUGUCUGUCCUGGGCAUUGUAGGCAUCAUGAAGUCCAACAGGAAACUUCUUCUGGUGUAUUUCAUUCUGAUGUUUAUUGCAUAUGGCUUUGAAGUGGCAUCUUGUAUCACAGCAGCAACACAACGAGACUUUUUCACACCCAACCUCUUCCUGAAGCAGAUGCUGGAGAGGUACCAAAACAACAGUCCUCCAAACAAUGAUGACCAGUGGAAAAACAAUGGAGUCACCAAGACCUGGGACAGGCUUAUGCUCCAGGACAAUUGCUGUGGUGUAAAUGGACCGUCAGACUGGCAGAAGUACACCUCUGCCUUCCGGACUGAGAAUAACGAUGCCGACUCCCCCUGGCCUCGUCAGUGCUGUGUUAUGAACAACCUUAAAGAACCUCUCAACCUGGACGCCUGCAAACUAGGGGUACCUGGAUACUAUCACAAUCAGGGCUGCUAUGAACUGAUCUCUGGACCAAUGAACCGACACGCCUGGGGGGUUGCGUGGUUUGGAUUUGCCAUUCUCUGUUGGACUUUUUGGGUUCUCCUGGGUACCAUGUUCUACUGGAGCAGAAUUGAAUAUUAAGAAUAAGUGUAACCACCAUACCACUCUCCACAGCGACUCUGGAUUUGGUGCUGGAACUCCUAAUAUUCCACCUCUGUGCUCCCCGGGAAAUUAUGCAUUCUUCCUCAAAUUGCCAAGUCAGUUGGUGUGGAGUUUCUGCAGGCUCUUUAGGCUCUCAGACUCCUGAAAUUCUCACCACUAGUGAUUGCACCCUGAUCUAGGAUUCUGCAACAUUGUUAUAGACCGUAGGAAAGGGAGAGUUCAGUAUAGUAGAUAAUAACUAUUCCCAUCUCUGUUUAUUUUUAAUUUGGGGGCACAAAGACAUUCACAGGAGCCUGUCUUAUCACAGCAAGCCAAGUCUGUAUUUGGACAGCGAAUCUGCCUGCAUUUCUCUCUGCUUUCUAAAAGAAACCUUCAAAGGCUUUCAUUCAUCUCAGUAUUGUCCAGGUGAGAGAACUAAGGAAAAGAUUGCUGAAAUAUAUCUUUUGCCUUUGUUCUAUGGUGGCUCCCAUCUACAGAGACUCAAGUGAUUCUCUUAAUGCCACCUGGGGAUCCUUUUAUUCUCCAGGACAAUGCCCGAUCUUGAGCUAACAAUGGUUGAAGUUUCCUCUCAGACAUUGCAGGGUGAUAGGUGUUAGUAACCUCAAUUCUCCCGCUAAUUAAAAUUAUGUGGACUCUGGGGGACAAAGGAGGGACCUGUUAUAUAUUUACCAAUCUCAUCCGAAAGCCCCUUUCAAAUAAGGGAGAAGCAAGCCCGCUGUUAGAUAGGUGAUUUAUGGUGAUUUUUUUUACUGUCAAAAUAUUUCCCUUCUGAUCUAUGUUUCCUUUUGUGAUCCUGAAGGAAGUUCUUAUAACAACAUUUGUCUAGUCUUAUAAAUAAAGAGGGCUUUUAAAUAUGUU